AUGGCUGCGGCCCAGCAGGCUGGCGGUGCUCCUCCCUCCGGCUAUCCAGGUGGUCCUCCGCCUGUUGGAGGCGCGCCCAGACCAGGUGCAUAUCCUGGCCAAACCCAACAGUACCAGGCGUAUCCUGGCCCGCAAGCAGCAGUUCCACCGCCAGCGCCCUAUCCGAGUUCGCCGCAACCCCCUUACCCCUCGUCGUCUCGACCACCACCACUGCCGCCAACACCUCAACAACAUCAACAUCAACAACAACAACAAUAUGGACGACCAGAGAUGACUUCCACCCCCUCUCCAGUUCCAGGUUACCAAGGGUCCCCUCAUCCUUCCUCCCCCUCGCCCUACCCCCAGAACUAUCAACAACCCAACCAGCCCAAUAUAUCCCAAGUACCACCUCAUUCGCCGUACCAGCAGCCCUAUCAACAACAGCAACAACAACCACCCUACCGACAGCCCUAUCAACAACCCGUCUAUGGCCAACAACCCCAAGACCCGUAUGGACAGCAGCAACAGCCGCCGCCGCAGCCACAACAGCCUUAUGGAGCACCUCCACAACAACAAUCCCCUUACGGACCCUCCUACAAUCAGCAAUACCCCCAACAACAGCAGCAGCCCUACCCGCAGAGCCAAGCCCCAUACGGACAACGCCCAGGGCAAUACCCCCCUCAAGGGGCCCCAGGCUAUCCACCUCAAGGACCACCUCAGGGGCUACCGCCCCAAGGAGCUCCACAGUAUGGCGCUCCGCCUCCCCAGGCAGGGCCCCAUAUGAUUGCCGCAUAUAAGCAAACCCUUAUGGCUACUAUUCAAGAAAAGAAUCUCCAUGGGAUGUAUCCGCCCAAUUCGCCUGUCCUCGAUCAAAUUGCGUCUCGAGUUACCACGCAGAUUGAUCAGCUCUGUGCGGCAUGGCGUGUGCCCCGCGAGGUGGGGCAGGACAUUCUCAAACUGGCCCUAUUCGACGUCAUUCUGUACAUCGAUGACAGCGGCUCCAUGCAGUUUGAAGAAAAUGGCGAACGCAUCAAGGACCUCAAAUUGAUCCUCAGCCGGGUCACCUACGCCGCAACACUAUUCGACGACGACGGCAUCCAGAUUCUCGCUUCAUGA